AUGGCUAUCAAACGGUUCACACACGAGAUCUCGAAAGCGCAAAUCCUCAAACGAAUCGAGUCGUUUGCUUACAAACUCCAGAACAGACAGAUCCUAGGCUCUCAUGCGACUGGCUCGGAGACUAUCAAACUCCUACGGGAAGUAAUCGCGAGUGCGAAGUUCACUUCCUUCGAUCAACUAUGUGGCCAUCUUGUCGAAGUGGGCGACUUCCUAUCAGAAAUGGCUCCGAGAGUCACGAGUUUCCUUCAAGCAGCAGCCAAGAACAAGCGCAAGUUCACGGUGAUCAUCUCGGAGACGGCGCCACACUUUACGGGCCGAAAGCUAUCAAAGAAGCUGACGAAUUCGAGUCCGAAGAUCCCGAACAUCGUGAUCUCUGAUGGCUCGACCUUCGGCCUGAUCUCGCGCUGCACCAAGCUGAUCAUUGGCUGUCACAUCGUCUUUGCCGACGGUUCGAUCCUCGCCAAGUCUGGCUCCUUGGGGCUCGCCUUGGCUGCCAAAGUCCACAACGUGCCCGUCGUCGUAAUAUGCGGCAUGUUCAAGUUUGCGCCCGUCUACCUGAGCGCCGGUGAUGAAUGGUCCACCCUGGAUAUCAACACUCCAGACGAAGUCUUGGCCGUUGACGAGCUGCAAGAGCCUCAGGCUCAUUCAAGCCAGCUUUUCAAGUCAUCCAACCAGCCUACUCCUGCCCCGAUCGAAGUCAUAAACCCCUACUACGAUCACGUACCUGCUAACUUAAUCAGCCUGUUUAUCACUAACUUAGGUGGACAUCCCUCUUCGCUGGUUUACCGGUUAUUGAAAGACUUGUAUGGGGCCUAA